GAUGUAUAAAUACCAUGUAUAAAACCAUGUAUAAAUGCAGCACCUGAGCUGGGAGGAGGCGGUGGUUGAUGCCAGUUGCCUAAAAGUUGGAGUCAGACUGCAGUGUGAGGGUCAAGGAGCACCUGCAACAUCAUCAGCGGUAGAUCAAUCCCCGUUGGGAGAAACCGGCAUUUCCCACACGAUUUCCAUGGAGAGAAGAGAAGAUUUAUGUGGUUCUGAAACUGAAAAUUAUUUUCCUUCUCCACAAGGACUUCUUUGCAUUGUGCAAGAAGCAGGAAUUCUGCUGUGCAGUUCAGAGCCACCAAGGUUCUCUCAAGGCAAGUGUGAUAGCUGCAGAGAAAAGUGCAAGAGAAGCACAGUAAUGAAGAUGGUAGGCAGCCAAAAACACGGCACAGAAGAGGAAGCUCGGGAAACUCCCAGAUUUCAACAAAAGACCCUGACGGCACCUGCUCCGUUUGCUGAUGAAACAAGCUGUCAGUGCCAAGCUCCCCAUGAGAAACUAACCAUUGCACAAGCCCGCCUGGGAACUCCAGUUGACAGACCUGUCAGAGUAUAUGCAGAUGGGAUUUUUGACCUCUUCCACGCUGGCCAUGCUAGAGCUCUUAUGCAAGCCAAAACUCUAUUCCCAAAUAGCUACUUAUUAGUAGGAGUUUGCAGUGAUGAUUUAACUCAUAAAUUCAAAGGCUUCACUGUGAUGAAUGAAACGGAGCGAUAUGAAGCCCUCAGACACUGUCGUUACGUGGAUGAGGUCAUCAGAGAUGCACCCUGGACACUGACACCCGAGUUCCUUGAAAAACAUAAGAUUGACUUCGUAGCCCACGAUGACAUCCCGUACUCUUCCGCUGGCUCGGAUGAUGUAUACAAACACAUAAAGGAGGCAGGAAUGUUUGUGCCAACACAGAGAACCGAAGGUAUCUCCACAUCAGACAUCAUCACAAGGAUUGUCCGGGACUACGACGUGUACGCCCGGCGCAACCUCCAACGAGGAUACACCGCCAAAGAGCUGAAUGUCAGCUUUAUAAGUGAGAAGAAAUACCGCUUUCAAAACCACGUGGACAAAAUGAAAGAAAAAGUCAAGAAUGUAGAGGAAAAGUCAAAAGAAUUUGUUUACAAGGUGGAAGAGAAGAGCCAUGACCUCAUUCAGAAAUGGGAAGAAAAGUCCAGGGAAUUUAUUGGCAACUUUUUAGAGCUGUUUGGACCUGACGGAGCUUGGUGUCAUGUUCCCUGGGGAGGGCAAGAAGGGAACUCUUCUGAUGAAAUGCCCUGGUUUGCCAGCAUCAUCCACAUCCACUUGAAGCUUCCCCUCCGAGCAUCACCUGUGACCUGACUGCCAGUGCUCCAGCCAAGAUUGAGACUUCUUGCUCCCCAUCCCCAGGAGGAGCAGCAAGGCACUGAGAUUUGGCAUUUUUCACCUGACUCCUGCAGCAGCUGCACAGCACAUGCCACAUCUUCUGUAGCCCAGCCCGGCAGGCUGAUGCAAGGCCCUGUAGCUGCUGUAGUAAGUAGAGGUACUUGCCUUACUGUAGCAGAUUGCUUGACUGCAGAGGUGGUCUCUUCCACCCUACCAGCUCUGGCAGGCCUCCACUCAGCUUUGCAAAGCAAAAAUGACAAUAAAGCUCCAAGCAGAACAUAGAGCCUGCACGUGUUUCUCUUUUCACACAGACACCCAAAUUCUGACAUUCCCACCCCCAGUUUAUGGGUUUGAGUGGUGCCUGCUCCAGGUAUCUAGGGAAGCAGCUGCCAGUAUUUGGCAGGCACAAGGCUGUCUCAAGAAGGGAAAGAGGAAUAAAGGCUGAAAGAGCCAGGAAGCUCAGGAGAAGGGUGGUCUGUAUCAGCAUGCUAGAAGCAAAAAAGGUCAUGGGAACUAGGAAUGUUUGGUGUUCAGGCAGAAAACUGACUUUUUAAGAGUGUGAUCAACGCAUACAAAAAAGACAAAGGGAGUCCCCCGAGCUGGCUUGGGACACACAGUGUUCUCACACUGGCGGUGUCUCAGCUGAGGUGAAAACUUGCACAUAAAAGCCAGGUUAUUAUGAGCACAGGAGAAGAGGCAAACCAGCUGUGCUCCAGGGCUUUGGCUCCCUGCUCUCUCC